CCUUCACAGGAAGUAUUGCACAGGCACAUGCUUGAAGAAACUUGAGCAGCAGUGUUAGACCUGAAAGAUGCACUGGCGACAGCACAUCUAUUUCCUCACCUUCGUGGUGAUUGUUGCUUCAACCAUCCCCGCCUGUUUGGCUUUUAACAUCAAAAUGACAGAGCCUAAGAAACACGAGGGCGAACCAGGUGAUUUCUAUGGAUACAAAGUGCUACAGUACAAGUCUGGUGAUGGUAACAAAAGGAUAGUCGUCACUGCACCUCUCAGGCUAAACGGAUCUGGAGGAAUUUACCAACCUCACCAAAACAAGUGGUUCAACCCUACUGUUGCAGAGGACCUGCAGUCAAACACAACAGCAGUCAAACAUCUUGGCUUGUCGAUCGCUGCUGAUUCCUCCGGCUCCAGAUUCACUGUUUGCAGUCCAAGUUUGGUGCAUGAAUGCUAUGAGAACUCCUAUCUGAACAGUAUUUGUUAUGAGCUCUCGGAUCAACUCCAGAAAAUUUCCUCUUUCAAACCCGCGUUUCAAAAUUGCACCAAAAAGACAGUGGACCUCGUCUUUCUGUUCGAUGGAUCAGCGAGUAUGACUGAAGAUGAAUUCAACAAGAAUAAAGAUUUUAUUGUGGAUAUAAUGGACAGCCUGAAGAACACAUCGAUCAAGUUUGCAGCAGUUCAGUUCUCCUCAACAGUCCACAAAGUGUUUGACUUCAACGACUAUGCAGCUGGACGUGCUCUCGAUAAACUUAAGGAUGACAAGCAUUUAAAAACUCUCACCAACACACACAGAGCCCUCGAAUUCAUUUUUGAUCAAAUCUUUGACAACCCAGCUGCAGGCGCCUCUCCUGAUGCAACUAAAGCUCUGAUUCUAAUCACAGACGGAGAUCCCUCUGAUACAGACAGAAAAGGGAUAAUUAAAAAAUAUGAUGAGAAAAAUAUAAUUCGUCUUGUUAUUGGGAUCAAGGAUGCAAAGCUGGAUAAAUUUAGGGCCAUCGCUUCAGAACCAAAAGACAAAAAUGCCUUCAAAAUUGAGAAUUAUGAUGGACUCAAAGGAGUACUGGAGAAUUUUCAGAAAAAGAUCUUUGCUGUGGAAGGUUCCAAAGGGGCUCGAGCAGGAAACCUGACUGAUGAAAUGUCUCAGAGUGGAUUCAGCGCUGUUUUCAACAAGGAUACACUGAUUCUGGGUUCAGUGGGAACAAACAGCUGGCGUGGUUCUCUCCAAGAACGUCGAGAUAAAACAGAAACAAUUGAGGAUCAAGAAAUGGAGAUGGACUCCUACAUGGGAUAUUCUGUCUCUGUUGGAGAGAGAGGUGGUGUUUCUUUGUAUUUCACGGGUGCACCCCGGUUUCAGCACACAGGACAGGUUGUACUUUUCAAACAAAACAGCAACAACUGGACCACAGCACAAAGAAUAACUGGAGACCAGAUCGGUUCCUACUUCGGCGCCGAGCUGUGUUCGGUGGAUAUUAACUCAGACGGUGACACUGAUUUCCUGCUGGUGGGAGCGCCAACGUUUUACCAGCUUCAGGAGAAGAAAGAAGGUCAGAUCUACAUCUACACUCUGACUGAUGAGCUGCAACUGAAAAGUGAACUGAUUGUGAUGGGACCAUCCAUGGGUAGAUUUGGCACCACCAUAUCCAGCCUCGCAGACCUGAAUGGAGAUGAACUCCGAGACGUUGCUGUCGGAGCUCCGCUUGAGGAUGAUAACAGAGGUGCUGUGUAUAUCUACCUUGGAGACAGACAUAGAGGGAUACGCAGCACUUUCAGCCAGAGAAUCACAGGAGACAAAAUAACACCUGGGAUAAGAUUCUUUGGACAGGCCAUCGAUGGGGGCGUCGGCAUCAAAGAGGAUGGCCUCCCAGAUAUUGUGAUCGGAUCACAGGGCGCUGCUGUUGUCUUAAGCUCCAAGCCCGUCUUUAAUGUGAUGGCUCACCUAUCUUUCCACCCUAAGGAGAUAAGCACAGAGAAACUUGACUGUCAGGGUGCAGAAGGAAAUUUACUUAUGCUUACCUUAACAGCCUGUUUUGAAAUGGUAGAAGCAACAAAGAGCAAACAAGGGAAUGUGAGCUCUGGACUGAACAUCACAUACAUGUUCGCCGUGGACCCAAUGAGACAAAAACAUCGAGGUUUCUUCACUCAAACUGAUACGAAAACCAGGAGUCUUACCUCCACCUAUGAGCUGAAAGAUGAAAUGACUUGCUUAAACUUCUCCAUCUACAUGCACAAAUGUGUGAUCGACACGUUGUCACCGAUCAGCAUCAAAUUAAACUUUUCUCAAGCUGACAGUGAGACUGCUAACAUCACCCUGAACAUGGACAGCAAAAAGCAGUCUGCUGUUGAGGUUCCUUUUGAGAAACAAUGUAGAAAAAAUGACACUUGUAUCGCUGAACUGGAUGUCAAAUUCAAAUUCGAGACUCCGACAUUAUUGGUGACAGAAAAUAACUACUUCAAUGUGACUAUACAUUUGAAAAAUGAUGGUGAUGACUCAUACAACACCAGCCUUAUAAUGUUCUAUCCUCCAGGCCUCUCCUUCUCUAGGAUGACUCUUAUAAAGUCAUCAAGACUAACAACGCACGACUGCCGGGAUCAAGAAGAACGCAACAAAACCAUAUGUGGUGUGAGCCAGCCUGUGUAUCGCAGUAGAUCCUACGCAACGUUUCAAUCUUCCUUCCAUGUCAUGCAUAAUUAUGAGUGGAAUGACAAGAUGUCCAUGAUAAUUGAAGCAAAAAGUGAUAAUCAAGACUCAAACAGGACCAGCACCCUCACCGAAAGCAUCCCAGUGCAAUUUGAAAUUAAAAUGAUUUUAACAGUGAACCAAGACAGCACUACCUAUCUGAACUUCACCUCAGAUGAGACUGCACCUAAAGAAAUGAACAUUACAUACAGGAUCGAUAACACUGGUUUUAAGGAGUUUCCUGCAACCAUCACCCUGGAAUUCCCAACUCAACUGGAGCAUAGCUUUGAAAUGAAAAGCUAUCAAAUCUUUGUCAAGGAGAACAAAACACAGUGCACAGCCGCUACUAACCACAAAUUUAAGAACUGCUUACCAAAAAAUAAGUGCGUGGCCAUCGUCUGCAACACUUUCAAUUUGAAGAACUAUGCAUCUGCUGAGUUUACACUAUCGGGAAAAGUCCACUUUAAAGAAGCCGCACAACAGGCAGCCAAUGUUGCUUUUCUGAAAAAAUACACUGGAGACAGCAGAAAGAUUAACUUUGUAAGUUCUGUACAUGUUGGCUAUGACGACGCUCGGUAUGUGCUGAACGAUCCAGAGAAUAAAGACCAUUUGACACCAUUCAAAUUUCCAACAAAAAAGACUGAAGUUCGGGUUGAUUUCUUUAUCCUCCCAAAUAAAAUGCUGAUCAUUUUAACUGGAGCCGGUUUGGGACUCUUACUUCUGAUCAUAAUCACAAUCAUCCUGUUUAAGCUCGGUUGCUUCAAGAGGAAAAAGUUUGGAGAAGAUGAUCUUGAGGAUGACACUGUUGUAAUACCAAUCCCUGCUUCAACUGUAGGGACUGAUAAGAAAUCUGAGAAAUCUUCCAAUGAUAAUCAAACGCAGGAAAAAUCACCUCUCAUCUCCUCUGCCCCCGAUGAUGAACAGAUCAAGCAGUCAGGCACUGAUAACAAAUCUGAUCAACCUUCUGAGGAAAAUAAGGUUCAUGAUGAUGGUGCUGCUGAGGAGAAAAAGGAUGAAGCUACUGUUACCAUUAACGCAUAAAGUCAAGGAGGAUUUGGAAUAUAUGGAACAUUUGUUAGUCUUAGUGACAGUUUAGCAUAGUUCAGACUGGACACAAGUAGAAAACGUGAUUUAGGGGUAUGAUCUGGGUCUGUGUCCCAGAUGACCCCCCCAUAUUUUUUAAUUCUCUUAUUAUUCUUCAUGAGUUGCAACACAUAAACCACAGUGUAAAACAGUUCAAAUUUUGAUUUGCCUGGCUACAGAAGAAUUUCGCACUUUGCCUCAGUGCAUUGCCUUAACUCGGUGGCAUUUAUGGAUUAUGUUCACGUAUGGUUUAAUCUUUGGAUGAGAGAGCUUUAACCUGCAUUUCACAGUGAUUUCUGUUAGGGUUCCUGAGCUCAUACACUGAUGCCAGAAUCAUGCCAUGCAGCAUAUAGGUUUAUGAGAUUUACAAAUCAGUGCAUUCUAUUUCUACUUUUUACAGUACUCUUACUGUUUCUGAAUUAGGUUUUUACAUCUCAUGCAAUAAUUGUGGGUUCAGCUACAUCAGGGAAAAAUCAAUGACACCAGACAUGAAGCUGAAUAAGCAUCAGAUGGAUUGGCUUUCUACAAAUGUUCAAUGGUCACAGCACAGGAAAACAUCAGCGAGUUUGUAGACACCUCCAUGAAGGAGGCUGUUCAUGCCAGACACAAGAGGCAAGCACUUCUGUUUAAUAUUCUGUUGAGAUGUGACUAAAGAGUCAUACCUGUAGCAAUCCAUAGUUCAUGCAGAAACCCAAGGUUUAAUAAUUGUUGUUCAUGUGACUGUUUAACACAACUUAUUUAACACGCUUAAUAAUUCCUUCUCUGCUAAUGUCAAUAGCCUACCAUGUAUUCCCCAUUAAUGCACAUUAUUUACAUUUUGAUACACUGUAAUAUUUUUAAUAGUUACCACCUAUAUGAAAAGGCUCUGCUGCCUUCUGCACAGGUAUUUAUUCAAAAAGCACUUCACCUUGUAUUAUAUCUGACUGUGUUUAAUAUGUUGAUUUUUGUAGAGUAAUUAAAAUUUUGAAUAAUUGAUUCUGAUCUCACUAAAUGAGUUAAUGUGAGUGAGAAGAUCUUUAGUUCGUUACAGACAUGAAAGUUAGGUAGACAAAAGUGUUGAUAAUAAAAAGUUUGCAGCUGGAUUGACAAUAAACUUCAUAAAUUUGGGAGUUUAAAUCUGAGAUUACAUCAGAUAUUUAGAAAUUGUGGAUGAUGUUGGCAAAGUAAGACACCAAUUUUAAAUGUAGAAAAUGUAAAUGAAAUGUAGAUAUUAAAGGGUGGAAAACAACAUGUUCCUUUAAUUUCCCUAAUAUUUUUAGUCUACUGUUGUUUGCAUAUUUGUACUUUUAGUUUGCUUUUCCGUGUUUUAAAUGUCUUGCCUUUACACUGUUAAUUUCCAUUGGAAUAUAUCCUAAGAUCUGUAUCCAUGUGAACAUGAAUUAUGACUUUUUUUUUUCUUUUUAAAAGAAAUUCUGUAUCUUAGUAAAAGUGAAAUAAUGUUUGUAAGAUAAACAGAUGCACAAACCACCUUUGUAUCUGCAAAUGAAUAAAGACAAUUUCCCAUGUCAUA